UGCUUUGUGGCAUUGCGGAACGUUGUUGCUUGUCUCUGUACAUGUCCACAUCUGAUGCAGUGCGAUAUCUAUAAGAUACAUACAUAUGUAUGUAUAUAAGUGUUGCUGCCCCUUGCGCAGAUGAAAACAAAUUGCGGCUUUUGUGCUCAAAUUUAUGCUGAACUUGUUGAAAUCGAAAUCGACAAAAUAUUUAUGUACGAAAAUGCGAGGAAGCAGAGGAAGAGGAAAAAGGAACAAUAAUCCAGCCUGGUGGAAUAUGAAAGUAAAACCCAACCGGACGACCUUCCUGAGAACGCACGAAAUUGUAAAUUUUUGGCAGGAGGCGCCGCCUAUAAAAGGCAGAAUCCCCAAUCGAUCCCAGCACAGAGUUCUCUAGAGCGAGUACUAGUCCACCACACUAGCAGCGCCUUAAAAAGAUUUCAAAAAUCAUUCAAUAAUCUUGAACAGCCACGCUUGAGAAGAUGUACUUCCUUAAUCUUUGCCUGAUUUGUACCACCAUCGGUUUGGCCGUCGGUUUACCAACCUUGGAGUACGGAGCCCCACCAACUUCGGAUACGAUCAGUCAGUAUCAUCACCAGGAUGAGCAUGGCCAGUACGCCUAUGGUUACAUGGCACCACUGUAUUCCAAGCACGAGACCCGCACCGUGGAUGGUGUGAUCCGGGGUACCUUCUCCCACGUUGAUGCCAAUGGCGAAACCCAGACCGUCGACUAUGUGGCCGAUGCCGAGGGCUUCCAUGUAACCUCCAAUCUGCCCAAUCAGCAGGCCAAUCAGGAAACCCCUGAAGUGGCUGCCCUGCGAGCACAGCAUCUGGAGGCCCAUAACCAGGCCAAAUUGAGGUUGGCCGGAGACUACUCCGUUGGUCCACAGCCUGUGCAGGACACACCCGAGGUGGCCGCCGCUAAGGUUGCAUUCUUCAAGCGUUUCGAAGCCGAGAAGCUGCGCAACAAGUUGCUCGCCGAGAAGAAAGUUCUGGUGAUAGCGAAUCCAACUCCCAUCGCUGUUCGUUCCCAGCCGAUAUAUGUCUACCAGCCCACCACAGGAUUCGUUUACAACUAUCACACCAAGACGCAGGACCAAGUUCCCUCCAGGAACUACCUGCCAGUGGCCUAAUCUUUGGAUUGGUCGUCUUCGAAAAAUUAUGUUAAUUGUUGAGCAAUAAAUGAUGCAAAUUGGAAAUUUAAAUUAU